AAACAAUAUGGCCGACGAGUUUCUAAAAUUUUAUUUCUACGGACUUUAAAUUUCAUUACCGUUCGUUCAUAACUUAUUGUAAUGUGAUCAAAGCUAGGAUACAACAGUGUCAAUAUGUCAGGAUCACUCAGGGGUCUAGAUCCUGAAACGAAGAAAUAUCUUCGUGCUAACAGAGUACCAGAUGUGUACGAGGCACUUCUCACUGGGCUCGUUGUCAUGUGUCCUGCUGAUCCUAAGAAAUUUAUCCUAGACAAUCUGAGAUACAUUCGACAGAAUGGAUUUGGUGUCAUUGAAUGGGACAUGUUUGUUGAGCCACAUAUGAGACCGAACUACAGACCCAACACAGAAACAAUUCUAGAUUUGAUUUUCAACUUUGAUGAAAAUGCACAGCCUACACCUGAAAUGUAUGAGAGGGCCUACAGUCAUUAUAACACCACCCUCAAGUUACUAUGUUUCAAUGCCUGGAUGCAGUACCACCUCCGUAAGAAGCGCCAGAGAGAGGAACACGAACGUAAGAUGGAAAAGGCUCUCAUACACUACAAACACCGUAUGAUGAGAAUCCAUCUGCAUGUCUGGAUUCAAUGGGUAAAGUUCAGGAAAGGUCGCCAAGCAAUGGCAUUCAACAAGAUCCAGCACGUUUACCAUGUCUCUAUAGGAAGAGUUAUAUUUGUGGCCUGGCAUAAUACUACACUUGACGCCAAGAAGACUAGAGAGUAUUUUGAGCGUCUGGAGCGAGGAGAGAAUAUGGAUGAUGAUGAUCUGUUUGGUAAAGGCAGUGGGGAGGCAAGGGAUGAUAUAUCUCUUCUACCAAGAAAGGUUGCAGUAAAGAUUUUCAGCUAUGUUGACAUAGCUGACCUGGCCAGAUGUGCCUGUGUAUGUAGAUCUUGGAAGGUCAUAACACAAGCCAACUCUUUAUGGAGCACUUUGGACCUCUCCAGAGUUAGAAACAGGAUAACAGAUAAAGUUGCAAAGAGGCUACUGAAUAAAUGUCGGCCAUAUUUGGUGCACUUGAACGUGCGAUGCUGCCCAAAUCUUACCAAGACCACUUUUGUGUCAAUCAGUGAGUGUAGGAAUAUACAGGAUCUCAACCUCUCAGAGUGCCCAGGAUUGACUGAUGAGACUUUGAAGAUAGUUGCUGAAGGAUGUACCAUAGUUCUCUAUUUAAACCUUUCCCAUACACAGAUCACUGAUGCUGCUCUCAGGACGAUAGCCAAAAAUUGUAUAAAUAUCCAGUACCUCAGCCUGGCUUUCUGUAAGAAGUUCACAGAUAGAGGGCUCUACUAUCUCUCCACUGGGAAAGGCUGCAAGAAACUCUUAUAUUUAGAUCUUUCAGCCUGUAUGCAGAUCACUCCUGAGGGCUUCAAGAAAGCUGCAGAGGGUUGUAGCAAUAUCCACUCCCUCAUGCUAAAUGAGUUCAACACACUCAAUGAUAGCUGUGUUCUGGCGAUGACUGAGCAUUGUCACAAGUUGAAGUACGUCUCGUUUCUUGGCUCCCCAUAUCUCACGGAUGAAUCAUUCAAAGCACUUGGCAAUCACAAAAAACUGCAAACAAUUAAAAUUGAUGCUAACCAAAAGAUCACAGAUGCCUCUUUCAAACAUAUCGGAAAGUUAUGCAGUGAUCUGAAGCACUUGUACUUAGUGGACUGCCAGAGAAUAACUGAUAUGACAUUAAAGUCUCUCAUCUCAUGCAGAAAUCUCACAGUCAUCAACCUGGCUGACUGUGUCAGGAUUACUGACACAGGUGUACGCUACAUCGUUGAUGCUCCCUGUGGUCCCAAACUACAAGAGUUCAAUCUGACCAAUUGUAUCAGAGUUGGAGACAUUGCCAUAGUGAACAUACACAAACGGUGCCAUAACUUGUCUUACUUGAGUCUAUGCUUCUGUGAACAUAUCAGCGAGGCAGGGAUAGAGUUGUUGGGACAAACACAUAGCCUCACAUCCCUUGAUCUCUCAGGCUGUAACUGUGGAGACCAGGGAUUAUCAGCACUAGGCAACAACCCAAGAUUUAGGGAGGUUACUCUCUCAGAAUGUUUAAACAUCACUGACCUUGGCCUCCAGAAGUUUGCCCAGCAGUGCCCAGACAUUGAGAGACUAGACCUUUCUCACUGUCAGCAGUUGACUGAUGGGGCAAUUAAGAAUUUAGCGUUCUGUUGUCGGAUGUUGAAUGUCUUGAACCUGUCUGGCUGUAAACUGCUGACUGAUCUUAGUGUGCAGUAUCUCUCUGGUGUAUGUCACUAUCUCAUUGAGGUUGACCUCACAGCCUGUAUUCUCAUCUCAGACAAAGCAUUGAAGUACCUACGGAAGGGCUGUAAAAACCUAACCUGCCUUUACAUUCUCUAUUGUAAAAAUAUCACAAAACAUUCCGCUCAGAAGUUGAUGAAGCAUGUGGAUACUGUGCAUUACAACAACGAUGAUGUCCCAAGUUACUUUGGAUAUUGACUUAUAUUUAUAUUAUAUUUAUACCCAGAGGUUGGUAAUGUUGGAACUAUACAUUAUAGCAAUGAUAGUGUUACACUAACAUCAUAGUGUAUCAAAUUAACAUCAUAGUGCAGGUCGGACAAAUUCCUACUUUUAAGAAAAUGCAGUUUCUAUCUCCAUAGAGAAUCAACAGAAUCUCUAACAGUUAUUAACCUGCAAGAAUACACAUACAUUGUAUAGGCCUAGUACUUACAAUAUUAAUGCUACAAUAUCGAUGUAUGUGCCAAUGAAGGGGUCAAGGCUAAAAAGGAGAUGCUUGGAGAGUUUUUUGGGUUUGCUCAACUGCGGGCCACAAAAUUUAAUCAAACUGCUGACACGGAAACCUGAAGUAAUGUAGAAAUUAAAAAUGUAAAGUUUACAUUUAUCUGUGCCAAAUCAAGACCUACUUGUUGUGUAACAUUACAUAUGUGAUGUCAACAAGGUAA